CGGUAUCCGAGAUUUUGUGAAAUUAUGCUGCAAAGUGCUGUUAAAACACAAACAAGUGCUAAUCGUGUCAACUACUAACUGAACAACAUUGCAAUUUGUUAGAAUCUGUGUGAAAUCAUUGCAUUCGUGCUAAUUCGUAACCACACAAAAAAAAAAAACGUUCUAGCUACCUACCAACCCACCAGCGCGUGAGUGAGCGAGUGAGAGCGAGUGCGAGAGUAGUGAGAGUGCGAAGAGUACGAAAAUCGCGAAGCAAAGCAUACGAAGUAAAAACAACAACAACAAUAGCAACAGAAGCAACAACAAACACGUUGGCGCAUACGUGAAACGACGUUAGCAAAGCAGAAAGCAAAGCAAAACGUUGAAUUGUGUAUCAAUUCUUGUUGUUUUUCUCGUCUACUACUUGCAGUUGUUAGAUAGAUAGAUACGCGUACACGUCCCAUUGUGAUUGUUACAGCAGCAGCAGCAGCAGCUCGUUUGUUCGAUCUCGUUGAUUACGUGCAUAUAGAUUAUAUAUAUAUAUAUAUAUAUAUUUUUGUUGGUCUGGCAAGGAAGCACCAAAGAGUUUCCCACUCCAAACCAACAAAAAAACAACAACAACAACGAGUUUAGAGCAGUCGCAGCAGCAGAAGAUCCACAAUCUGGAGUAGAGCAACGAAAGCUGCCCACUCAGAGAGAGAGAGAGAGAUUAUCAGCAGAAGUAGGAGCAAAAUCAACAACAACAACAACAAAGAAGAAGAUUUAGAAUGUCCAGCAGCAGCAGCAAGGAGGAUGCAGCUGCCACAGCGUCGAAUGCUGGCAUCGAUGCCGUCAACGCUGCCACAGCCACCACCACUUCGUACGCGAAUGUUGUGCAGAAUUUGGACAGCAAGAAGGGGACAGCAACGGGGGCAGCAGCAGUUGGCGCUGGUGUGGACAACAACAAGGAGAACCAACCGAAUCUGAAGACGCUCAAAUCGUGGAGCGAGGAGACCGCAGCCGCUGAGGCAGCAGCCGUCGAUGAUUUGGUGGUGCCACCGAAUGUGGGCGAGAAGCGUGCCGCCGCUGGCGGCGACAAUACGGCCGAGAACUCCUCGGAACUGGACGACAAUAAUGAUUUUGUGCCGGUGCUGUCGCAUCAUCGCAAUCGCGAUCGCAAAAAGGCGCGCAAGGAAAAGACGACGACGACGACACGCGACAAGCAGCAGCAGCAGCAGACAGCCGGCGGCAGUGGCACGGGUGCGGGUCAGAAGCCGGGGCGACGUCAAACUGCAGGCGCUGAAAUCGAGGGACGCAAACAAAUGAUGCGCUCUCGAGCGCCACGAGGCAAUAACAACAAUGGAAACACUGGCAACUCUGGCAAAAUGGCAAGGGAACGCAAAACGGAUACUUCGCCCAGCGCCAGUUUGGAAGCGGCCAACAACAGUAGUGGCAACGAGCCCAAACCCGGUGACAUCGAUGCCCAAACAGCUGUUGCCGCCUCUUCCUCGACUGCUACAGCUGCAACUGCAACAGGAGCAGCAGCAAAUGCCGCAGUGGCGCCACAGCCAAAGCGCUUUGUUGCAGCACCGCCGCCAAAGGUGAACGCUUGGAAGAUAUCAUCAAAACAAGUGGGCAGCCCAAAAGCUAGCACCUCGCCAUUGGAGAAACGCGUCUUGCAACCAAAGACACAACAGCAACAACAGCAGCAGCCGCAGCAGCAGCAGCCACAACCGAAACAGACUGUCAGCAAUAAUAAUAAUAACAACAACAAUAACAAUCAAGGUGCACAGAACAGCAGCAGCAGCAGCAGUAACAGCAACAAAAAGACACAACAACAGCAGCAAUCAACAACAACACAGACGGUAAUUAAAGCCACAACAACAACAACAACAGUAACAACAGGAGCAGCCGCAACAACAACAACAACAAAAACAAGCGAGUCUGUUGCAACAAAUGUUGAUGCGACUUCUGCAGAUGCGCUCGCCCCUGCAGUGGUAAAGGACAAAAAGAAGGUCAAUCAAAAGGCCAGCGAUUUUAGUAACGUUGGCGAGUGGCCGACGCUAAUUGGUGGAGUUUCUGGCAGUGGCAAAGCCACCGUUAACGAGACUAAACGUAGCUCAACCCGCAAACAGACAGCGGCCAAAUCCGCUGCAGCCACAACAGCCCAACAGCCCGCAGCAACAAUAGUCGCAACUGCAGCAGCAGCAGCAACAACCACAACAGCAGCAACAACAGGAGUAGCUUCAACAAAAGAAGCUUGCGUUGAGUCAACCGUUGUCCCCGUUGUUGCCAGCAACAGUAGCAGCAGCAACAGCAACAACAGCAGCAGCACCAGCAACAACAGCAGUCAAGCAAAUAACGCCAGCACGAGUCAUGAUGCCAGGAGCCAGCGAGAAGCCGAGCAAUCCGCUGGCAGCGCAACUGUCCCUGCUGUUGGCACCCUUGCCGCUGGUGCUCCCAUCAACAAGAAAAUGCCCAAGCACAAGUGGCGUCCACUGCAAAUCGAUCUGGCCAAGUCUAGCCGGGCCAAGCCCAUUGGUGGCCGGCCCAAUCGCCGGUUCAGCGAUGAUGCCUACGAGCAGCGUCGUCCGCAGCGUUCCUACAAUGAGCGUGGUGUCGGCAGUGGAGGGCCAGCUGCAGCAGCAACCGGCACAGCCGGAACAGCAGCAGCAUCGGCUGCAUCAACAUCAUCAAUAUCCAGAGGCGGUGAAGGUCAGCAAGGAGGUGCAACGGAUUCGCGGCCAUAUGGUGGCCGUUAUGCGUACAACGCACGCACGUCUGCUGCGCCCGAGCGCGUGGAUUCCUGGCGUAGCAGCGGCUCCAGUGUCGCCGCUGCCAACGAUGAGCAACAACGCUCAGGGACAGGCGGUGGUGCAAGCGAAGGAGGGGCAGCGGGUGCCGGGGCAGCGACAGGGUCUGGCGGUGGGUUGCGUGGCCCUCGCCGCUUCCGCACGCCGUAUCGGGGCGGGCGGCAGGGGCGUGGCGGUGGAUUCACAAGACCGGGACCAGGUCGUCCAACUAAUCGCAUACCACGCCAUCUGUUAGCUUCCGGCGAGUAUGUCAACUAUUUGCCGGCAGACGCAGCCGGCGCAGAUACUUCGCAAUCAUAUGUGCUCAUGGGCACCCACUAUUUCGGCAACGUUCCGGCUGCGUACAUUGAAAUGGACGCCGCCAGCGUCAAAGAGGCCAUCAAGAAGCAAGUUGAAUACUAUUUUAGCGUCGAUAAUCUUACCGGCGACUUCUUUUUGCGCCGCAAAAUGGACCCAGAGGGCUAUAUACCGGUCACACUGAUCGCCUCGUUCCAUCGCGUACUGGCGCUCACCAAGGACGUGGCACUGAUUGUGACCGCCAUCAAGGACUCGGACAAGCUGGAUCUUUUCGAGGGCUAUAAGGUGCGCACAAAGACAACGCCCACCAUGUGGCCGAUCAGCGAUGCAGUCGAUCCCAAGGAUCAGCAGACCCUCACCGGGGCGGAGGCUGACAACAAGUCCGACGCCACAACUGACAAGCCUGAAAAGCAGCUGCAGCAGCAAGAUCAGAAACAGAAGCAGCAGAAGCAAAAGAUGAUGCCAGAAAAGCAGACUGAAUCGGUAGCAGCUGAUACAGCAGCAGCAGCAGCAGAUGCGCAUGUAAAACCAGCGGUGGCACAGUUGUCGCCAGCAUCGUCACCACCUACAACAGCCAUAUUGACCUCGGCCAUGGCCGGGAAACCAUUGAGCAGCAUACCGCCGCCGCCGGUGCCACGCAAUACGAUGCCCAAGAUGCUGCUGGAUAAUAAGCAGAGACCGACUUUGUCGGGCAUGAAUUCCUCGGUGAAUGCGAUCAGUGCCCUCACACAGCGUGUGGAGGGUGUGGUUGGUGGGCAGAAGGGGGGCGGCGGUGUUGGCGCCGCUGCCGAGCUGGCCGAUCAUCUGAGCGGCCUGGCCGAGAGUGUCAAGCCGAAGAGCAGCUCGACGCCGGAGAAGCGAACGGCGGCAAAGGCAGCUGGUGGUGUGGCUGGUGAAGGUGUUGGGGCAGCAGGUGCUUUGGUGGCAGAGCCGGAGGGCAUGUGGAAAGAGGUAAAGAGACGCUCCAAAACAAACGCUUUAAAAGAUAACGCUACUAAAUCAAUCAACAACAACAUCAACAACAACAACAACAAGAACAACACGUCCACGUCAACACAACAGCAACAACAACAACAGCAAACGCUUUCACAAACGCUCAGCAACAACAACAACAACAGUAACAGUAACAACACGUCCACGUCCAAGUUAUCGUCUGCAUCCAACGCCACAUCCAAUGCCUCAUCAGCCAGCAACAAUGCAUCCAUCGCUGCCUCUGUUACCACCAAUACCGCCACCACCACCACCAUCACCACCAAUACCACCACCACCAAUGCCACCACAAACAGCAACAGCAAUAAAAUCCAAUCAUCUUCUGGCAAAGCUGCUUACACCACCAACUCCCAAUCCUCCUCCAAAACAGCUGCUGCUGCGCCAUCCGCUCAGUGCCAUGCCGAAAAGGAAGAACUAGACUUUCAAUUUGACGAGGAGCUAAUGGACCCCAUACCCGCCACCGGACGCAUCAAUAACUUCACCGAAAACUUCUCCGACGACGACGAAUCCGAUUACGAAUUUGCUGAUCGCGACAUCAACAAGCUGCUCAUCGUUGCCCAGGUUGGUCGGGCGCCCAAACAUGAGGGCUACGAUCGCACCGCUGACUUCACCUCACGCACCAAAAUUACACAGGAUCUGGAGAACAUUAUCAACGAUGGGCUGGUUAACUACGAAGAGGAUUUGUGGACAACCACAAAUGUGGUGCCCAACAAUGAUUAUCGCACCGUCAACGUCAUUUCCCAGGCCGACUUUGAAAAGCUGGCGGCCAACAAGAGACAACCACCAAAGCAGCAACCACCGCCGCCACCGCCAAACUAUAUAGAUGAUAACGAACAAGAUGCCGAUACUACGCUUGUCGAUGCAGACACCACUCUGAAUUCGACACUGAACUCCACACUGAAGUCGCGACGUGCCCGCUUCUAUGCCGCACCCAAUUCGCACUCCAUUGAUCCCCGCACGCCAAGAAAACGUAAAUUGCGUCACACCGCCAAUCCGCCGGUGGAGGCGCAUGUCGGUUGGCUUCUGGACACUGUGGAGCAUCGACCGCGGACCACAUCGAUGGGCUCAUCGACGGGCACAUCGCCGACGACAUCGUCGUAUGGUUCGUUUGGUUCAUCGGUGCCGCAAUCGUUGCCAGUGUUCCAGCAUCCAUCGCAUGCGCUGCUCAAGGAGAACAACUUUACACAGCAGGCCUAUCACAAGUAUCAUUCGCGCUGCUUAAAGGAGCGCCGUCGCCUGGGCUAUGGACAAUCGCAGGAGAUGAACACACUGUAUCGGUUCUGGUCAUUCUUCCUGCGCGAGAACUUCAACAAGAGCAUGUAUAAUGAGUUCCGUACGCUGGCGCUCGAGGAUGCGGGCAAUGGCUUCCGCUAUGGUCUGGAGUGUCUAUUCCGAUUCUUCUCGUACGGCCUGGAAAAGAAGUUCCGCCCGAAUGUCUAUCAGGACUUCCAGGACGAGACAAUUGCCGAUUAUGAGACAGGUCAACUGUAUGGCCUGGAGAAGUUCUGGGCGUUCCUCAAAUACUACAAGAACGGCGAGAAAUUGGAGGUGCAGCCAAAGCUGGACGAAUAUUUGAAGAGCUUCAAGAAUAUUGAAGACUUCCGCGUUGUGGAGCCCGAGAUCAAUGAGAUGCUGCAAGGCGUUGGCAGCCUGACACCAGGACGCCAGCUCAAUCGGUUGCGCAGUGUGUCCGAAAGCGAUGGCACCGCUGUAGUCACUGCCGGUGGUCGUCGUUUAAACACCACAAUCACCAAUCGCAGCGACUAUGUGGGUCGUCUGCUGCAGCAGCAACAACAACAGCAACAUCAGCAACAGCAGCAGCAGCAACAUCAGCAUCAUCAGGGUGGUGGCGGCUAUGGCGGUGGUGGUUAUGGUGGUCAGCAACAGAAUCGCCGACGCACUGGCUCCUUUGGCAGCAGCACUGUACGCAUACGCAGCGGCUCCCUGGGCAAUAAGCCGCAGGUUGCCAAUCGCAACUAUCAGCAGGGAUCACAGCACGAGCUGCGCCGCAACGGCAGCAACUCUGGCUUGGCGCCACAAAAGCGCCAACAGCAGCAGCAACAACAGCAGCAGCAGCACAAGGCAAAGCCACAGGCACCUGCACAAAUUGGGGCCCAGUUGAGUGCAGCACGGGCCACCAACUCGUUGUUGGGUGGUCAGGUAGCAGCGGCGUCCACAUCGACGGCAGCAGCAGCGUCCGUAGCUGCAGCGUCAUCAUCGUCGUCAUCGUCAAAGAAGUAGAAAUGUUGUAGAAAACGCAGCCACACACACAGUUGGAUUAAGAUUAAUAAUGACUUACUACGAUUAGCUUGGUGUGGAGCCUUGGAGUGUCCAAUUGCUCUUCUCUCUUUUGUUUAUGACUAUUAUUCAUCAGUUUUUAAUCAGUAGUGGUAGUAUUCGAGUGAAGCGCGUAAUUGUUGGGGAGACAUCCGUUAGCGUUAGUCUAAUUAAGUUAAAUUUGAAAUUUGUUUAUUGCAAUUUGCUUAGCGUUGAUUUAGUAAUUAUUGAUAAUUGUUUCAAUUGAUUUUUUCUUCAUUCGUGCUUCAUGCACAUCUAACUGAAACGAUUGCUUAUGAAAUGCUCAAUGUUUGCUAGCACACACACACACACACACACACACACACAUACACUCGCACACACACACAUAUACACACACACACACUCUAACAUAUAUUUAUAUAUAUACAUAGAUAUAUGUAUGCACAGGCAGUCUGUGCCCAGUGCCAAUCCACACUCGCUAUGAACUACAUUUCUCUCCCAAUUUUCAUUAUUAUUAUUUUUAUAUAAUUUCGUUUUAUUCUUUUUAUUUUGUUUUGUGUGUGUAUUUUGAUAUUGGUGAAUAUACAUUUUGAACAAAAAACACAACAAGCAAGAAAUAUAUCCUACUAAAGCAGCGUUUGAUAAUUGAACGGAUGGCCAUGAACUGUUGUACUGUACUAUAUACGAUAAUAAUACAUAUAACGAUAACGCAUGAAACAAAUGAAUAAAAUAAACCUACUACUAUAUAAUUACCAAAACGACAA